CGUGAGGAGCUCGUCUCGUCAUUGAACACACAACACACACGUGAGGAGCUCGUGUCGUCCUCGUCCAUUGACCAUUACUCAUUAGUCAUUAGGUAUUGUAUUGCUCCCUCAACUCAUUGACAAGUGUCGGGCGAUUCUGUUAGGCCUACUAUUUAAUAUUUAUUUAAACUGUAAUACACGAUUUCAAAUAUGUGUCAUAAUAAUAAAACGAAGACGGCAACUAUAACACAAUUGGCUACAGUAUAACCAAAACUAAUGUAACCUAGUUGUAACAAUCUCAAUAGUACAUAAAUAUAAUAAUUACUACGAAAUAACAAUCUUGUAACUAAAAUAACAACCAAGUUAACAACAGAGAAAUAUAUUCCCUUUGUAGUAUCUACUGUACUCUGCCAAUACUCGCUGCUCAUCUACAUCAUUAUUUAUUACUACAGUUGAACUAAUUGAAUCAAAUCAAUGGAAUGGAAUACAGUGCAUUAAAUGUGUUACUCGCCAUUUACCGAAAGAAAUAAUCAGAGUGAGAAAUUGUGUCAGCACAAGACAUAUUGAACACUAAUCUAAGGUGAUACCAUCUAAUAUACUAGGACGUUUUCCUGAAGUUAACAGGAAAUAAAAUGAGUGAGACGUCAGGCAUUUUCUCGCUGCCACCUGAAAUCCUGUGUUACAUUGGCAGCUAUCUCACUCCUAAGGAUUUACUUGCCUUGUCUGGCAGUUGUCAUUACUUACGAGCUGUCUACAAUACGGAUACGCUGUGGGAAGAAUUCACAGAUAAAAGACUUCUAAACAUGACUUUGGAUAGCACUACUAGUUUAGUUUUGCCAAAAUACUGUGAACUUCAGAGUAGUACAUUAGAGCCUUUGUGUAAACAUAGGGCUUCUUUUUUAAAGCAGAGUCGGCUGGUUAGUAACAUGAGACAAAAGAAUUUUGUCAAACACACUAUUCCAUUUGAUGGAUAUUUGUCAGAUUUUGAGUUAUCGUUAUCAGUAAACGAACGGCAAAUAACUUACAAUGAUGUGUAUUUGUUUGUACUUGAUUACGGUGACAGUUUUGAAGAAGUUGUAAAAGUAUAUAAUAUUGAAGAAGCACCUUACCUUAUUGCAACCUUAAAAAUUGAAUCGCAAAAUCCUACUGAUUAUGCUAUAGUAAUUUGGAUUCAAGUUGUUGGGAAUAAACUAGUGGUCUGUAAAGAUGGCUGGUUUGACGUUUAUCAUAUACAACUUCCUAUUAAAGAAUUUCCGAUUCUGUAUUCCGUACAAAUGAGUGGACAGGUAGAUUUUGAGUUAAACUGGCCUAUAAUCGUUGGCCACUUCCUGUUUGUUGAAAAUUGCACCUUAAAUAACGUACAUGUGUGGAAUUUAGAAGAUGGGAAAAAACUGGAUGAUAUUGGUCCAAGAAAUCAAAGUUCAGAUUUUGGUAUUGUAGGUUAUUCUAAGGAAUUUAAGUCAAUUAUAUUGUCCUCUUCUAUCUAUAAUAAUUUACCUCAGAUUUUUGUUUAUGACAUAGAAUCGAUGCAGUAUACAUCAUUUUGUCCAGUUUUAAAUAAAAAUGUGUUGAGGUAUGAAAUAUGUGGGUAUAUUGACGCUCACCAUGUUGUGUUACUAAGCCGGGCUGAGAACUUAAGAACGGGUUAUAUUUUUGUUUAUUGCUACAACACAUCUACUUUACUAGCUGAGAAGGAAUUUGAGGCAACAGGUUCUCUUUAUAGUGGUAAUAUUAUUGACAACUUUUUUGUGUUGCCAACCGUAUGGGGUGUUGUAAUUAUGGAUUUAAGAACAUUAGAUACCAUUGCAAGUUUAGAAAUUGGAUCAGACCUUUUUAAAUGUCCUCAAACCCAUUUGCUUUCUGUAGGAUAUAUUGAAAUUGUGUCUCAUAUACAGCACAUUAUAGUUAUGAUGAAACUGGAUGGUGCAGAGGUUUGGGAUUUUGAAAGAAGAAUAAAAUUGAUGGACUUAGUACAAAGUGAGUUCAAAUGUAUUACUGUGAAUGAAACUCAUUCAAAACUUAUUGUUUGUGGUGAAGGUACAUUAAGUGUUUUCAGUUUUUGGUAAAAGUAAAAAUAAAUUGAUGGUGAUCAAGAAAUGUUGGUUAUUUGGCCUGGAUUAUUCCCUUAUUAUCUAAAAGUCAUGGAUGCUUCAAACCGAGUUGCUUCUACUGUAUGAUUGGCGUAAGCAUAGUUAUAAAAUCUGGCGUUUCAAUAGCAUUGACAGAGAGGUGUGUGAAUACCAAGUGAAAUGUUGGCAGAACUCAAUUGUAUAUGGUAGGAAUAAUUAUUUGCUGAUUUUCCUAUUCAUUAGUAAUAAUACUUGGCUUUCAGACCUAAUAAUUCAAACCUGAUUGUCUUAAUUAUUUACAUAAAAUUAAUUGGCGCUAGAGCUGGGUAAUUCUCAUUUUGGAUACUUGGCAGUAAACAUUUAUAACCAUUUCUUGAAAUAAAAUCUUAGCUAGUCACUAACAAAAUAUAUGGAUUUAAAAUCAUUUGUUACAGAGUAGUCCUAAAAUGUUCCAGUUACUGUUGGUGCUAAACAAGUCCGAUUACUUUGUACCAGGAACAGUGGUAAUUGUGGUAAACGUGCUUAAUUUAAUCUGUGGUAAAAUGGUUAACAAAAUUACAUGCUAAGUGACCAAGAGCUCCAUGAAGUGACAAAUACCGAAUUUUGAGGAUCACCCAGUCAAGAAUAAAAGUUAAGAUGGUAUUUUGAUAAUAACUUUAUUCACAUACAAUUCUAAGAUUCUAAAAAAAGUACAUACUGAAUUACUUGCAUAAAUGACUUGCAUAAAUCAUGUUCAAACAUUUAAUCAUUAUCGGAUCAUAAGUUUCUGAAUUAUGAAUUUCUUAAGUUGCAAUUUGAUUUUAAAGCGCCAAAAACUGGUAUUUCUUGUCAUUUAUAUAAAAACUGAAGUUAUUGUUAGUAAACAGUUUUAUAUGUAGAAACGCAGAAAGAACAAACUAAAUUUUAAUGUAACUCCUGAUAUUGGAGCUCUAUUAGUCUUUGAUCCAAGUGUUGACAUCGAGACUUAGCUUUGGUCUUGAUUUGUGAUUUAAACAUAACUAUUUUGUUAAUGUUAUGCUUAAAUUUUGUUUUAGUUAAAGAGUCUGACGUUAUUUAAAAUAAUUUAUUUUCCAUUUUAUAUUUUUUAUCAUGUUAUGUUGCAUAGUUUGAUGUACAAAAUGUAUAUUUAAAAUUGUGGAGCCAUUCAAAUAAAUAUUACAAAACUAUAAGGCACAUGGUUUAUUUUUCCAUUAUUUUAUUCCUACACUUAUAUAACUGUUGAAGUAUUGAUUUUUUUACUCCAUAUUUUAUGGAUGUACUGCUCUUUACUUCCUUUGGCAGUUGUGAAUAAAAUUAUACCUAUUUACAGAGAAUUUUCAAACAAGGCUUUAUUUUCUAAACAACUGCGUGGAAAGACUCGGUCUUUAAAUAUUUCAAUAAUGUUCUACGGUCACGAACACCACAAUGAGUUUGUGUUGCACCUGAACGUUUUUUUACUAGGGUGAAUAUGAAAAUAAUUUAAUUAAUUAUUUCACUUUGCGUUUCCAUAGUCACAAAAUAAAAAUUAUGAAAUAAUCACUUUUUAAAGUUUAUUGAAACAUUCAAUAUGAAUUUCUUCAGUAUCAAGUAUGACUCAUUCAUUGAAGUAUGGACAUGGCUACAGCUAGUUGUUUACAACUAUGUUAAAUUGUAACGUAUCUUUUUAUUAGCGUGAUUGCGGCCGGUGCAUCGUUAAUAAAACACGGGUAGGUUAACAAAUACAUGAUCAGAAUGCCAGGGCUAAAAUUUCUCACAUACCUCAAACACAACCUGACCUCGAGCCACACUUUAAUAUAACUUUAAUUAUCGUGUGACUCAAUUUAUUUGCACUGUUUAAAAAAUAAAAACUAGACACAUUCCACAUAUAUUAAUAAUUUUGACAAUAGUGUCAAAAAAGCUAGAACUAGAUAUUUUUUACGUAAUUAGACUAUGUACCUGUACCGAUACAUUUCCAUGUAAAAGUCAUGUGAUACUUAAAUAAUCUAGUCGUAGUAUCAGUCACUAAUACUCGCUCUAUACUCAGUCACACUCCUCAUUUUGUAUUUGUUUAUUUAUUUAAACUAAUUUAUUUGUAUUUAUCUAUUGUUGUGUGUCUGUUUGAUGUAUAAUAAAACUGUUCUAUGAAGAA